AUGUCCCGGCCGUCCGCGCACCCCGCGGACCCUGCGCAGCUGUCCACGUCGGCGCGGCGACCCGCUGCGCCGCCGCACGACGUCCCGCUGCGCUUCCACUGGGAGGGGUACCUCCAGAAGCGCAGCGACUGGCUGAAACACUGGGAGACGUACUACUUUGUGCUCCGCCGGCGGUCGCUCUAUUGCUACUUGUCGCAGGACGACGCGCGCCGCGAGAACGCCAAGUCGAAGAUCAAGAAGGGCAAAUUCGGCUUCUCGGACCGCGUCGUGCUCGUCACCGCGUGGGACGUGGCGAAGCAGCAGCUGCCGCCGCAGGCCCACUCGCCAGGGGGCUCGACGCCGAGCCCCACGCGGUCGGCUAUGGCGAGCGCCGAGGCGGGCGAGUCGCACGUGCGGCGUGGCGCCAAGUCGCUCGUGGACUCGACGUUUCGCUUCACGCUGGCGACGCACAAGGGCCACCACUUGCACUUCCGCACGACGUCCGAGGCGAGCAAACACGUGUGGCUGCAGUUUGUUGCGAAUGCCAUUGCCGACCACGACGUCGCGGGCCACGUGCACGCAGCUGUGCAGCACCUGCGGACGAAUGUUGUCGACUUUUACAGGGGCUACGAGUACUUUUACGCGGCUUUGUGCGCCCGCGUGACGGCUGAAGAGACGGACGCGGUGCCGACGGCCCUGUCGCCGUCGUCUGCUGCCGCGCUGUCGACGACGUCGGGGCCGCGAUCGACGCUGGACGACAGCGACCGGGCCAGUGUGACGUCGACGGGCAAGAAGGCCACGGCGUCGUUCGUGCCAGUGUUGCCCGACCAGCCGCUGGCCAAGACGGACGUGGCGGCACCAAUGGACCACGUGCUUGUGCGCUUUUUCUCGCUGCUAAAGUCCGACGUGAUCUUGCGCAGCAACUACUUGCCCAUGGUGCCGUUUGAAGGAAAAUACCGCGGCUUUGGCGGCGUGCUCGAGUACUUUUCGAGGCUGUCGCAGUCGGUUCAAGUGGAGCAGUUUAUUGUCGAGAGCAUUCAGAUCGAAGAGGACCCGGACGGCAACGAGGAACACGAGCACAAGAGCAGCUCCUCGGACGUCAAUGGUCGAGCCUGCCGCCGACACUGUGUUGUCAUCAUCUCUGGACGCGAGACGAUGCAGGUGCGCUAUUGCCAGACGACGUUUGUGCAACAGUGGACGCACAAGCUGUACUUUAAGCCCGACGACGGGGGCCGUGUGAGUCGCUGGGAGAUUUUUGGCGACGUCGUGGCUUCCAGUGUGGUGUUUAAAGCGCCCGGGUGCACGACGAAUCUGACCUUGCCAUCGCUAGCCGAGCGCAUUCGUGAAUCUGUCGUCGGCGGAUACGUCGUGUCGAUUCACUUGAGCCAAAUCACAGACGUUCACUCACGGGAGCUGCAAGGAGAUGAAUUCUUUGUGCGCUGUUCUCUGGAUACAAACGAGUUUGAAGACGUGUGGCAUACAGAAGCGCAGUCGCGGGCGGCUGCUCCCGUCGAAUGUCCGACCGACUCACCCUGCAGCGAACUCGCGCCAUCGUGGUCGUACAAUUAUGAGCAGGAUUUGUUCCUACAGUUUGAUCGACUGUCUCGUGACGACAACAGUGUGCUGCUUGUUGAGUGCUGCCGUAAUUCGAACCACGAGGUCGUUGCUCGUACGCACGUGAACCUCGCCAGCUACUUGAACAGUAGCAAUGGCGUCAGUAGUAGCAGUGCUGGUGGAACUAUCUCGAGUCGAUUGAUGGGUCGACGAAGUCGUAGAAAGAGUAGCUGCGGUGGCGUACCAGCAGUCGACUUGCAGUGUUACGUGCUAUCGAACGAUCACCAGAGUUUCUUUGGCAAGCUGCUGCUGGGGCUCACCAUCUCGUCCAUGUCGCAUCGAUCAGUCUCGCAUCGAUCCUCGAUGUCGGGCAUCCGACACAGUUACAGGGAUAGUUUCUGCUCCGACAAUGGCAGUGUUGACGCUGCAUCGCUCUUGCCGCACGAGUAUUUAUCGGCGCGCACCAGUUUCCGCUCGUUCACGAAGUUGGCCCAGCAGUUUUCGCCUCCUGGAGAAGAUGUCAUGCACCAGUUCAUCAUCAACGGCGUACGAUAUCAGUUGGCAGAAAAGUACCGCAUGGUGAAAGUUGUGGGAAAAGGCACGUACGGUGAAGUGAUUGCAGCGAGCGAUUUUGUGAACGGCGGCACGUUUGCAAUCAAGAAGCUGGGCCAGUUUCUGAGGCAUCCCAAGGUGGCAUUACUGGCUCUGCGUGAGAUCAAGCUCAUGAGUGAGAUUGGCACGCAUCCCUGUCUCAUGGGCUUCCACGAGCUGCAGCGGCCACUGGACUAUGAGCACUUUGAGGAUUUGUACAUCAUCCAGCCACUCAUGGAGACGGACUUGUGUCGCAUCAUUCACUCGAAGGAGAGUCUAAGCGACGACCAGGUGCAGUAUUUCUUGUACCAAAUGAUAUGUGGCAUUCACUACCUGCAUUCUGUGGACGUGUUGCACCGCGACAUCAAGCCGAGCAACGUCCUAGUGAACUCGGACUGCCGGAUCAAGAUUUGCGAUUUCGGGCUUGCUCGGCAUGCAAACGAUCGGGACCUGGCAGAAGGACUGUCGGAGUAUGUGGUGACCCGAUGGUACCGUGCCCCCGAGCUGUUGCUGGCGAAUGCGUACACGAAAGCCAUCGACAUGUGGUCAAUUGGCUGCAUCUUUGCCGAGCUAUUGGGUCGCCGUAUCAUGUUUCCCGGAACGUCGUAUGUGGAUCAGCUGAAGGUUAUCGUCGACAUCGUAGGUACACCUGCGACCUUCAGCUUCUGCGACAAUCCCGUUGCGCGCCGCUACGCUGGACGUCAGUUCCUGAUUCAGAGCCAGAAGAUCCCCAAGGUGGACUGGGUGCAGGUGUUCCCAGAAGCCAACCCGGACGGCCUCGACCUGCUGGACCGCCUGCUGCAGUUUGACCCGGCGAAGCGCAUCACAGCCGCAGAGGCGCUCGAACACCCAUACUUGAGUCAGUGGCGCGACCCGCAGCUGGAGCAGCCAUGCCACGCCGAGGUGGCGACGAAGCUCACGCAGUUUGACUACGCGCAAGUGUCGUACGAUCCGCAGACGCUGAAGCAUUUGCUGUAUCAGGAGGUCAUAAAGGCUCAGCUUCCAUCUCAGCAGCAGCAGCAGCAGCAGUAG